CGACAACCUGAUGAGAAGGAGAAGGAGGAGGGAGAGGGAAGUAAAGAGGGAAGCCGGUGAAACUUUCUUCACGCUUGUUUUUCUAUUCCUUCGCUCAGGGUUUGUUUUAUUGACUGCGUUGCUAUCGCUGUUACUACCGAGCCACACAGCCAACGUCUACUCUGGCGCCCCCUUCCUGCUUCCCUGCCCGCUUUUCUUUCUGAUUCCAUCCACAUCAUCCUCCUCUCUCUCUCUCUCUCCCCUCUCACUCAUCCAUCCCUCCAAGUCCGAAUCCCUUCCACUCCUCUCUUUCAAAGCACAAAGCUCUUUCUAUCCUUCCUCCACCACUACCACCCCCACAAACCACCCCCACUGAAAACCCCUUCCACAUCCGCAUCUUCAGCUGCUAUCAACAACCUCCCUCCCUCCCCUCCUCCCCCUCAUCCUUCAACUUGCGUUUAAUCUCCAAAUAAAUACACAAACAUCUAAACUCCACCAAAACAUCAUGACUACCGAGCAAGACUUUCCUCGCCAGAUUCGUUACGAUGAAAUGGUUACUUAUAUGAAGGAAGUUGCUAAGCUUGGCGGCGAACUCUCCGUUGAUGAGCGUAAUCUACUUUCGGUUGCGUAUAAGAAUGUUGUCGGAACCCGUCGUGCCUCAUGGAGAAUUAUCUCUAGUAUUGAGCAGAAGGAGGAGACCAAGGGUUCUGAGAAACACGUUACGAAAAUUCGCGAAUAUCGCCAGAAGAUUGAGACCGAGCUGGAACAAGUUUGUGGUGAUGUUCUCAAUGUCUUGGACGAGUCUUUGAUCCCUAAGGCCGAGUCCGGCGAGUCUAAGGUUUUUUAUCACAAGAUGAAGGGUGAUUACCAUCGUUAUCUUGCUGAGUUCGCCUCUGGUGAUAAGCGGAAAGAUGCUGCGACCGCCGCCCAUGAGGCUUAUAAGAACGCUACCGAUGUCGCGCAAACUGAGCUCACACCUACUCACCCGAUCCGCCUUGGUCUCGCUUUGAAUUUCUCGGUUUUCUACUACGAGAUUCUCAACUCUCCUGAUCGCGCGUGCCACCUUGCUAAGCAGGCAUUUGAUGACGCUAUCGCCGAACUCGACUCAUUGAGUGAGGAGAGCUACCGCGACUCGACCCUCAUCAUGCAGCUUCUUCGUGAUAACUUGACCCUCUGGACUUCCAGUGAAUCUGGGGAUGCCGAGGAGUCUGCACCCGCGAAGGAGGAGGCCAAGGUCACUGAAGCUAAGCCGGAGGAAGCCCCGGCUGCAUCAGCCCCGGCCGAAGAGACUAAGUAAAUUUUCGGUUGAUGAACAAAAAGCAGUUGUGGAUUUUGGCUGUUGCGUACUGGGUUUCAAUGAUGGCAUAGGAUGGAAAAGGGACUCUGGUGAUAGUGUUUUUCUCUUUUCCGUUUGAUGUUCAACUGAGUGUCGCCGGGGGAAUGAAGUUUCAGUCAAAAAAUAUACACGCAUCUGGUAAA